UCCGUUUAUGUUAUAAUGUAAUGUCGUUUAUUUGUAUUUAUUUAUUAGUUAAACCAGUUGGUUCGACUCGAUACAAAUAGGUACCUUAUUUUAUUCAAUAAAACUCUAAUUAUUGUUGAUAUAUUUGUCGGUGUUAAAUAAUAUAAGUCUGCAUUGUUGUAUUGUCAUUAGCGAUAUCUUAAGAAUAGAAUCGUCUGCUUUACUUCGAAAAUGUUAUUCUACUCAUUUUUUAAAACACUUGUGGGGCAUGAAGUCGUAGUUGAACUUAAGAAUGAUAUGUGUGUCACUGGAAAAUUGCAUUCCGUUGAUCAAUUUUUAAAUAUCAAACUUACAGAAAUCAGUAUCAGUGAUUCAGAAAAAUAUCCAUACAUGAAUUAUGUAUCAGAAUCUUUCAUCAGAGGUUCAGUUGUUCGAUAUGUACAACUUCCAAUUAAUUAUGUUGAUACACAAUUGUUACAAGAUGCUGCUCGCAAGGAAACUAUCAUAAAGUGAUAUAUAAAAUGUUUAACAUUUAAUUUGUCAUCAAAAUUUUGCAUUUAAGAAAUUAAAAAUGAUUUAAUUUAUUUUUAUUUAACUUAAUAAGUACCACUUGAUUCCUAUAAUUUAUUUACAGA